ACAGGUUUCUAUAAUGUGUUUAAUAACUCAAACAAUUUUGACACAUUUUAUGGACCUGAUUUUCCUGGCUUUGUUAGUAAUCCCUUUUUUUGUCGAAGUCAGUCAACUCGUAACAGGACAAAGAAACCACAACAACCCCAGCAACCUUUAAAAAAAGAUCCACCCAUUACACAUGAUCUGUAUGUAUCAUUAGAAGAUGUUCUUAUUGGUUGUACAAAGAAAAUGAAAAUUGAACGAAAUGUCUUGAACCCAGAUAGAAAAACACAUCACAGGGAAACUAAGGUCUUAACUAUUAAUGUUAAGCCUGGCUGGAAGGCUGGCACAAAGAUAACCUUUAAAGAAGAAGGUGAUGAAAAUCCGGAUGCCAUUCCUUCAGACAUUGUAUUUAUUGUGAAAGAUAAGGUGCACAGUAUCUUUGAAAGAGAUGGGAGUAACAUAAGAUAUAACUGCAAUCUAACCCUUAAACAGGCCUUAUGCGGAGCAGAAAUUGAAAUACCCACUCUUACAGGAGAAAAGAUUCCUUUUACCCUUCUAGAGGUAAUCCGUCCAGACUCAGAACAGAGAUUUGUUGGUCGGGGACUGCCAUUAACCAAAGACAAUUCCAAAAGAGGCGAUCUCAUUGUUACAUUUCGAAUAAAAUUUCCUGAUAAUUUAACAGAUACUUCGAAGAAAAUUUUAAAAGAAUGUUUACCAUCAUGACGCCAGAUGCAAUUUAUUGGUGCAAAUGAUGUUGAAAAUCAUAAAUUCAGUAAUGGAGAGUGCAUUUUUGAACAUCCUUGUGCCAAACGUAAAAGAAAGAACUGAAUAGCAAACUAAUAAAUGUUGUAAUAAAUUUUUGGUGUCAUCUGCUUAUUGAAGAUGUCUAAAGUGGUGCCUCCCAUCUAUAGGAUUAUAACUUUUUAUUCAUUCUUCAGAUUGGUAAACUGUAGAGUCAUGUAGUUUGUCAUAAUGCAAUGGGUGAAGUUGAGAUUGUGAACAUAUUAUUUUUUAAAAUAUGAUUUGAUUUUAAAAUCUGAAAUUUUUAUUGUAGUUUUGUGUGUUGAUAGUGAAUAAAUUUCUUUCAUACUUUGAAAUAAUAUUUCCAGGAAUAUCUUUGUUUUAUUUUUUUUUCUUUUACUUCCUCCUUUAAUUAUUGUUGCAGACUUUUACAAUUUCUGUAGUCUUAUCAUAAGUUAUAUGGUCCUAUAGAUGUAUUAUUUAUCUGAUAUUUAAUGUGUUGAGGUACUGAUAUUUACUUGUAUUCUAACCUCAAUAUUUUUAACAGCAUUAUGCUUUAAAUGGUGUCCUAUAGAUGUAUUAUCUAUAUGAUAUUUACCUGUAUUCUAACCUCAAUAUUUUUAACAGCAUUAUGCUAUUAUAAAUCAAAGGCAUUAAAAGUUUACAUCAAGUUAAAAAGCUCUGUAUGAUGAUGUAUAUAUUUAAUGAAGAUUUUAAGGAAAUAUUUGAUACAUUUGAAGACUGAUAUGUAUGCUUCUAUAUGUUAAACUGAAUCACUAACCAGAUGUAGUUUUAUUAUAGUUAAAUUAAAAAUUUUUGUGCUAUUUUUUGUUUGUAUAAGAUUAUAGAUCAGUAGACAUUGUAGAUUAUAUACCUUUGCCCAAUCAAAAUAAUCCAUUGAACUUCUAACAAGACAUAGCAUCUACUGUCAAAAAAUUCUGCAACCCGGGAAGUCACUUUUACACAAUUGAUGAUAUAAUUCUCGCUGCAGUGCCAUGCUUUCUUUGUGAUUUUCUAUCUAAGCAAUGAUUCGUUUUUCAGUUUUAGAUGACAGCAAAUGUGGCAACUAGACAUCGUAAUGCCAUUUCCCCUCCUCUUGCUGUGGUGACAGGUGAUCAAGCAAAAUACUCUAGUGCAAUUAUAAGAUUAUAGAUUUCAGAUUUAAUAAAUUUAGUAUGAUUUUACAAUUUAUUUUUGGAAAAUGUUUUGAAAUAUGAAAGCGUGAGCAUCUUGUUCAAAUUUUAGUAAAUAGUUUUAGGAAUUCUCAAGUCAAAAAGGUAACCAUUUUAGCAUAUUUUUAAAACCGAUCAGUUUUCAGUGCUAUUUUGAAUGUCCCCUCCUUUUUGCCCUUUUUUUUACGAGAUCGAUAAUGUAAUGCUGCAGCCAUAGCUAGAUGAAAAUACAUUCAUUGUUACAUUAGAAGUACAAAAUACUAAGUUUAAGCAUAAAUAUUUGCUAAUCUAUUUCUGUCACCAAAAUUGAGCCCAAAUACUCAUUAAUUAUUGGUGAAUAUAUGCAAUUGAGAGCAAGAUAAACAAACAUUUUAACAAAAUAUCUCUUUAAGAAUAUAUUUGAGGAACUGCUGUGUAUGCAAAUACUCUGUACUCUGUUUAUUCCAACAAAAUUUCCAAAAAUUACUAGGAAUCUUAUUUCUGGAAUAUUUUUUACAAUUCACAUGAUAUAUUUUAAGUGUUCUGCUGGACUCUGUGAGUUCAAAUUAGUGGGAAUUUAUUGCAUAUGCAUUACAAAUUUAGUCAAAAUAUUAAUUUCACCAUCAGUGGUUACUUUAAUUUUUUGAUUUAUAUAAAGAUAAGACUAUUAAUACUUAAAUUUAUGUUAUGAUUUUUUGGUUAUAAAUAUUUAAUUUUUAAUAUCGACUCUUUGUGAAAAGUUUGGUUGAUUGGAAGUUAUAAAUAAUGAUGCUGUAUAUUAGUAACUGAUACAAAGUAAUUUCUGUUUCAAGAUUAAUGUUUGUAUAGUUUUAGAAAUUGUCUCUUGAAAUAUCUGAAAUUAAGAAUGUAUGUACAAGUAGGGUUUUAUAAACUUAUGGUUGUAAUUAUGCAAUGAUAUGUAAAAAAAAAAUGUUAUUCCAACAUUAAUAUGUUAUUUGUGAUAAAGAAAAAGUUCCAAAAAGUCAAAUCUUAUGAUAUUUCAUUUCUUUGUUUGUAUAAAUUAACUGAAGUAAUUAGCGUUAGUAAUUUAUAUUGCACUGAUUUUCAUUGUAUGAUAUUAUAUAAAUAUUCCAGAUGCAUGUAGUCAUUUCUUUGACUAUAGAUUAUGUCUUUCUUUUUGAGUGUUUGUAUAUAUAUAUGUCUUUGUAAUAUUAGUCAUAUGUGAAAGUAAAGUUAUAUUUUCAGCUUUGA